UCGACGUGGGUGACAAUAACGGCACCCCACGCUCGUCUUUCCCUUCAUAUCCCAACAGCUGUUGGAUAUUAAAGAAAUUCAUUGCUGGGGAAUAUUGGAGGCGGGACAAAGAUUUUUCCCUCAGGGGUUUUCUUUUAGUAAGCAUUACCAUGCAAUUCACGAGCAAGUACACAGUCAGCAGGUGGAGUCAAAACAUCAGCACGUGACAAGGAGAAGACUUUUAUACAGGUGCCCUCUGACUAGCAAACACAUUUUCAUAAAGACAUUUAAUAGAGACAAGUUAUUUAAUUGUGUACAUGCUAACUUUGACUUUUGGACACACUGUUUAUCACUAUGGAGCAUAGUAGUUUACUGAGUGGAGAUCAGAUUGAUGUUCUCUCCAAAGUGUACAUAGUGUUACUCUCUUUCAGUUUGAUUGGGAGUUUUUCAGUCCUGGUGGUUUCCCUGGUUAAAUGGAAAUAUCUAAGACAACAGGUACACCUCCUGGUGCAGCUUGCUCUGGCAGACCUCCUAGCAGCUCUGAUCCUGAUGUACACUAGUGUCAUGAGCAUUGUUAGAAGUGACUACAGCGUAACCCUCUGUAAAUACAUGCUGCCGCUAUCACUGACAUUUUAUUUAAUUUCAUUUCUGGUGGUGGCUGUUUAUGCCUGGAAGUCAAAGACUGCUAUUGAAGGAUGGAGGGAAAGAACAACAGAUGAGGAUGAUGGACAGAGUCAGUGCAGAAGACAAGUAAAAAGUUUACCCAUUUAUGGCAUUGUGUGGCUGAUUCCAUUUGCGAUGUACUUAGCGUAUGUGCUCACCCCUUUUGUAAAAACAACCAUGAUUCCAUUAAGUGACAGAGCGCUGAGUGAGAGCAUGAGAAAUGAAAGCACUUACUGCCGCAGCUGUAUCUUGUUCUUGCACAUCUGGGGGGAUUCCUGCUCUGAUGCUGAGAUAAUCCACGACACUGUCAUCAAAGUUUUUCUUAUCCUUGUGGUGAUACCAGUGAUGAUCUCUUGUUCUAUUAUUUACUAUAAUAUUGGGAAGUGGUAUGAGAGGCAUGAGCAGGAAAGGUUUUUUCCUGUGGAGGGAGACGGGCGUUCAAGCAGGCGACUCAGGAGAGUAGUUUCCACUGCACGAAAUAUGGUGAUGGUCAUCUUAAUCUGCUGGGCACCAGCUCUUGUCCUUAUUUUACUUUCUACCCUGGUGAAGUUGACGAGUAUUGAACAACGCAGUUUAUUUGGCCUUUAUCUGCUGCAGGCUGCCACUGUGUCCCUACAAGGUUUCCUGAACAGUAUGGUUUAUGCCUGGAGACGACCCAACUUCACAGAGGCCGUUCUCGGGGAGAACACACCCCUGGUGGCAUAUGACCGCAUCGCCUACUUCGAUGAAUCAUUCAGGAACUGUUCCUGAUCACUGGCGUGUUCAAGAUUUAUUUCUUUCAUUUUAUUUAGUCAAUCUUUAACCAGGAAAAAGCUAUCACAGACCUCUUUCUAAAGGGAGUCCUGGCCAAGACUCAGACUUGCUGUAUCAUGUUGUACUGGUUUCAGGAAGACAAUGCCCACCUUACUGUCUUUGUAACAGUUCAGACUGAAGCUGUUCUUAUGUGGACUGAUGAUGAACAAACUUUAAAAAAAUGAAGGAAACACAAAGACUAUUUAAACAAGGAACUGAAGAAGCAUUUUUGUAUUUCAACAGCCGUAGACUUUGUAAAAAAAGGAAAACUGUGGGUUUGAACAAGUUCUGGACUUCAUAAUGUACUUAUUUAUAAUUUUGCUUUUAUUGUACUGUUUAUGAAACAUUUUAACAAAAAUGUGGAUACUGAUGUCUUAUUGGUGUGUGGGAUUUUCUAAUUUAUUCAUGUUGAUCAGUAAUUUGUCCUUUUAACCAGUAAUUUUAUGCAACUGUCCCUGAUUUCUGGCAGAGACUAAUUUUAUGUAAAUCCCUUUUAUAUACUUUUAUACCAUUUCAGAAGCAAGCGCCACCAGUUUCAUAGAGUUAAAUCUUAGACUUUAUAGGUUGGAGCACUGAGGAAUGCAGAGUUGUUGAAAUCUGUUCAGUCACGUCUGUGCAGCCACAACUAUUAACAUAAAAAAUAAAAAAUCAUGAGUGUUUAUGCUGCUGAGGUCACACACAAGGAAUGCCUGAUUUCUAAGUGUUCAUACAUGCACAGAAGCAAGAUCAACACACAUUUUGUGAUAUGUUGAUUUGUCUAUAUCAUAGAUUUAAUAAUAAAUUAAUAAAAUGAACAUUCACCCAUUAAUCAAGACUCAAAAAACCUACAGUGAAAAUUAUAUUUUUAUAAAUAAAGUUAAACAAAAGUAACUUUACACAAAAUGAUGGAGACUCGGAUUUGGGCACUUUCGAGAAGACCCUCUGGGAGCCAUUAAAACUUUAAGUUUUCUUGGAUAAUCACUGGGAUUGUGCACUAUAUUGAAUUCUUACAGAUACUACUAAGGCCAGCCAGUUUAAAUAGAUUUGUUAUUUUUGUUUUCAUCCUUCCUCGAUUUUAGCUCACAUCCCUGUCCCUGCCACAGUAUGAUGCAGCUGCUCCCAUGCUUUUUGUAUUUUAGAGUGGUGUCACACUAUGUAUCUCCUAAUGUCUAAUAUACAAGAUCUAAACACACUGCUAUGAGAUCAUGUUGGCUGUAGAUAUGACAUACAGUAAAUAGCUGUAAAUGGUGAGUGGUGCAGCAUCUUGUAAAUGUGUAACUGUGGGUUAUUU